AUGCCAUUACCUUCUGCAGAGUCACCGUCACAACUAGAAAGUUCAAAUGCACCAGCAAAUUCCUCUAAUUUAUGCGUGAUAGUUGAUAUGCCAUCUUCAAAAGGCGCUACCAAACCAUCUUCAUCCAACAUUCCACCUACGUUUAAUAUAGCUAACAUUCUAUCACCUGAAACUCAGACAGAAACAUCAAGAAGUAGACAGAAUGGAGACGAUACUGAAAUCACCGAGAAUAUUAAAUGUAUUGAGAAUACACAACCAAUUUUAAAUAAUCGUAAGUCAUCAGAUCUUGUUUCAAUGUGA